AUGGCGCCGGUUCUUACGAGAAUUCCAGGCGCUCGGACCAGGGGAAAGGGGAAGGAUGGACGCGAGGGGGAGCGGGGGGAAGAUGCUGACCUGGAAGGGGGUAACAUGCGCCACAUCGGAUCAAUAUCCAAUCCCUGCCUCACAAAACGGCCGUUUCUGCAGCGGGCCUAUCAGGAGCCGCCACCUGUCUCGGGCGCUCCCAUUGGCCAGCACCGGUUCGUCAUGGCGGGUGGUUACCGCAUCGGUGCUAACCAGUUUGCGGCUGUGGGUCACUCGCUGCGUGAUCUAAAGGAAGAGGGAGGAAGCGGGGCCAGCAAGUGCUACUGGAUAGCACUGGAUGGGGGGUACGCAGAGGGCAGAGUGAGGGUAAUUUACCCUGCGGAGCACCACUGGCUGCUGUACGAGACUGCCAUUUACGAGUGUACUCUGCUGGUCAACAGCACGGGCACCACUGGAGGAUCUGCGAUUCUCAUGCUAGACGAGCAGGCAGUGGUGAUGCACGAGGAGGGGCAGGACGAGUUUGCCAUCGAUGCACCUCCCCCCUACCACCUGGCCUUCUGCUCCUACCCCAUGUACCGCCACCUCAACCCCAAGACCAUCCAGGAGUGGCUGCAGAUAGCCCUGCAUUACCUGCGUGUGGAGUAUUUUGUUCUCAACGACGGUGCUUCUGUCCCAGGCCUCCCUUCUUCCCCACACGCUACCUGCCCUACGCCAUGUACCCCACACCACCCUCCCUCUAUCACUUCCCUUCCCCAGAUAGCCCUGCAUUACCUGGGCGUGGAGUGUUUUGUUCUCAACGACGGUGCUUCAGGUCACUUCUUCUUCCCCAUAUCAUGUGUGCCCCACACCAUGUGCCCCACACCGUGUGCCCCACACCCUGUGCCCCACACCCUGUGCUCCACACCAUGUGUGCCCCACACCCUGUGCCCCACCCCACGUGCCCCACACCAUGUGCCCCACACCAUGUGCCCCACAACCUGUCCCCCACCCCACGUGCCCCACACCACGUGCCCCACCCCAUGUGCCCUACAUCGUGUGCCCCACACCAUGCACCCCACCCCCCAGAUAGCCCUGCAUUACCUGGGCGUGGAGUAUUUUGUUCUCAACGACGGUGCUUCUAUCGUCGAAGACGUAUAUGAGGUCCUGGAACCGUACAUGGCAGCGGGGAUGAUGGAGAUAUUGGACAUGCGGGGAGGGUACAAGUGA